UUCUGCUGUUCAUUUUAAAGAUUUUUCAAAUCAAAUUAAUAAUCAAACUCAACACACCAUUGAAUUGGAAUCUGGGUCCUUACCUCUCUGACAACACAACUUCUACCAUUUCCUUAAUUCAGCCGUUUUUUUUUCCGUUAUUAUUCUCUUAAUUCAGAGAGCUGAGUGGGCUUUGGUGAGAUAAGAUUUUGUUGCCGCUUGUUUAUUAUUGAGUGUAGGUGCAGAGAAUCUCACUGGUUGUCCAAAACGAGUUUCUUCAUUUUGUGGUUUAGCAUGCUUUCUCAAAGAUCAGCAACGUGAGAUAAAUUACUUUAGUGCUUGAAAUUGCGAGGUUAUAAAGGUGUGAUGGAGAUAUCAUUGUUAAAAGUGCUUCUGAAAAAUAUCUCUUCAUUUUUACAUUUAUCAUCUUUUGACAACAUAAAUUUGGACCCUGUUCAGAAGUAUUACCAGAGAGCAGAAGAGAUAUUUAAGUUGUUGAAGCCAAUACUUGAUGCUAUCAUUGAUUCUGAAAUAGCUUCUGAUGAAGUGCUUAAUAAGGCAUUUGAAGAGUUUGGCCAAUCUAUUGAUGAAUUAAGGGAGCUCUUUGAAAGCUGGCAACCAUUGUUGAGUAAAGUUUAUUUUGUUCUGCAAGUUGAAUCAUUGAUUUCAAAAACACGGACUUCUGCCUGGGAUAUUCUCCAGCUGCUAAACCGUUCGCAUCACUAUCUUCCUGAUGAAUUGAGUUCAGCAUCGCUUGAGCUUUGCCAACAGAAAAUUAAGCAUAUGGAAUAUUCACAAGCAUCAUCUCCCAUCAUAGAAGCUAAAAGAGAUCAAGCGGAUGGUGUCACACCCAGCUCAGAGAUCCUGGUAAAAAUUGCAGAGAGCCUGAGCUUGAGGUCAAACCAGGAGAUUCUGAUAGAGGCUGUGGCCCUUGAAAAGUUGAAGGAGAAUGCUGAACAAGCUGAAAAGGUUGAGGAAACUGAGUUUAUGGAUCAAAUGAUUACCCUUGUAACCCGCAUGCAUGAUCGCCUUGUUGUGAUGAAACAGUCGCAGAUCUGUAGCCCAGUCCCUAUACCUCCUGAUUUCUGCUGUCCUCUUUCCCUUGAGUUGAUGACAGAUCCAGUGAUUGUGGCAUCUGGGCAAACAUAUGAGCGGGCCUUCAUAAAGAAAUGGAUUGAACUUGGCCUCACUGUUUGCCCUAAGACACGUCAGACUCUGGCUCAUACCAACUUAAUACCUAAUUACACUGUAAAGGCACUAAUUGCAAACUGGUGUGAAUUAAACAAUGUGAAGCUGCCUGAUCCCAUGAAGACUAUGAGCUUAAACCAACACUCGCCUCUUCUUGUGCAUGCAGAUUCUAAUGCACCUAGAGAUGCACAUCUUUUUCCCCCAACUAGGGGCAGCCAAUCAAUAAUGCCAGAGUUAAUUCAGUCUACAGGUUCGCCUGGUAGGAACAUAAUCUUGUCCACUGGGAUUCAUCGGGAGGGAACUUCCCCAUUACAUCCCCGUUCAACCUCAGAGGCUUCCUUGUCAAGUAUUGCUGGAAAUGGGCAGGCCUUGGAUAGUGCAAGAGUAUCUCUUACCAGUUCUGAGGACAGAUUUGCUAACUCUGAAGAACAGAGUGGGGAAUUAGUUGGUCAACCCUCUAUGUCACCAUCUAGAAAAGAAUUUUCUACUUCUAUUGAUAAUGCCGAACAGUCGUCUCACGUCCAUAGUAGGAAUGGCUCAGCCUCCAGUGUGCUUUCUAAUACAAACUUUUCUCAGGGAGUGGUAGGAGAUAGCAAUGAAACAUCAGAGGGAUCAAACCAUCACACUGAUCCUUCUGCAGAGGUAAAAUCAGAACCUCAUGCAGCUGAUACCUUGACCACCACACAGAGGGAAACUGAAUUCCCAUCUCGUAUGGUGGAAACACGGUCUCGGAACCAAGUGGUCUGGCGCCGCCCAUCAGAGAGGUUUGUUCCAAGAAUUGUUUCUAAUUCGGCUAUUGAAACCAGAGCUGAUCUUUCUGGCAUUGAAACCCAAGUACGGAAAUUGAUUGAGGAUUUGAAGAGCACAUCACUUGAUACUCAAAGGGAUGCAACGUCAGAAGUCCGGUUACUUGCUAAGCACAACAUGGAUAAUCGGAUGGUAAUAGCAAACUGUGGAGCCAUCAGCUUAUUAGUUGAUUUGCUUCACUCAACAGACACAAAGAUUCAGGAAAAUGCUGUUACAGCACUUCUUAACCUAUCAAUUAAUGAUAACAACAAAAGUGCAAUUGCUAAUGCCAAUGCCAUUGAACCUCUAAUUCAUGUCCUUCAGACAGGUAGCCCGGAAGCUAGAGAGAAUUCAGCUGCCACUCUCUUUAGCCUAUCUGUGAUCGAGGAUAAUAAGAUCAAGAUAGGGAGGUCUGGGGCGAUUGGACCCCUUGUUGAUUUGCUGGGGAAUGGGACUCCUAGGGGUAAGAAAGAUGCAGCAACAGCUCUGUUUAAUUUGUCUAUAUAUCAUGAAAACAAAGCUCGAAUUGUGCAAGCUGGCGCUGUAAAGCACCUCGUGGAUUUGAUGGAUCCAGCAGCUGGGAUGGUUGAUAAGGCAGUUGCUGUUUUAGCAAAUCUUGCCACAAUUCCUGAGGGAAGGACUGCAAUCGGUCAGGGGAAUGGGAUCCCUGUUCUGGUUGAGGUUGUUGAGUUGGGGUCUACUAGAGGGAAGGAAAAUGCAGCAGCUGCCCUUUUACAGCUUUGCACAACCAGUGGUAGGCAUUGCAAUAUGGUGCUCCAAGAAGGAGCUGUCCCACCAUUAGUGGCGUUGUCACUGUCAGGCUCCCCAAGGGCCAAAGAAAAGGCACAAUCACUCCUUAGUUUCUUCAGAAACCAACGACAUGGUAAUGCUGGGAGGUCCUGAUAUUACAAGAAACAACCUUCAAUGCAUUGCAAAGUUUUGAGUCUUCUAUACAAAGUGUGUACAUUUGUUGUUGCAAAUAAUUGUUAUGAAGAUUUUGAUGCUUGGAUUUUUCCUGAUUUGUAGAGAAAAACAUUAUUGAUUAAAGGAGGAUUUGAUUGAGUCCUUUUGUGGAAUACUUAUUCUUGUGAAUGUGGGAAGAAAUUUUAUACACGUGAGUCGAGUCUUCUUUGCACUGAGUUUGAGGAAGAUUGCAAGUUGAAUAAUCAGUUUUAUUUGGUUUCAAAAUCAUUUGUUGGCAUGUCUCUCCUGUAUGCAUGCUUAUUUGUUUCAUUUAACCAACUGUGGAUACCAGAGGGGACUGAUAAUAGAUGCAUAACUUUUGAGUGAACUUUUA